UCUAAAACGGCCACAAGGAGGAAAUGGUCAUUCCACCUUGCACAUCUUGGCAAACGGGAUUUCUCGUCCCUGCGUUCACGCAUUUCGAGGCUGCCACUGGUGGCAAUAAAUACUUGCCCGCUAGCGUUUCUGUCAUUUCGCUACACACUUUAUACCACCGCCCGGCUCCGCUAGACUCAUCGGCUAUAACGCCCAUUCUCUCGCCGUGCAGCAGGCUGUGGGACUUUGAGGAAAUAUAUUUUUUGUAGUUAUGGCGCUUUGGAACGCUGUCGCCUCGCGAUUAGCUCGGCAGAGGAGCUGGACCGCCGGCGUUGGAUCCAGCAGGGCUUUGUCGUCGUGGUGGCAUAGCGUGGAGCCCGCUCCCAAGGAUCCGAUUCUCGGCGUUACGGAAGCUUUCCUCGCUGAUCCCAGUCCAGAUAAAGUCAAUGUUGGAGUUGGAGCCUACCGUGAUGAUAACGGAAAGCCGGUGGUUUUGGAAUGCGUCAGAGAAGCGGAGCGGAGGAUCGCCGGUAGCAUGAACAUGGAGUAUCUUCCCAUGGGUGGUAGCGUGAAAAUGGUGGAAGAAACACUGAAGCUGGCUUAUGGAGAUAAUUCCGAGUUUAUUAAAGACAAAAGGGUUGCUGCAGUGCAAGCUCUGUCAGGGACUGGUGCAUGCAGACUUUUCGCGGAGUUCCAAAAGCGUUUCCGUCCUGAAUCCCAAAUCUAUAUUCCUGUUCCGACAUGGUCCAACCACCAUAACAUUUGGAGAGAUGCCCAAGUGCCUCAGAGGACCUAUCAUUACUACCAUGCUGAGUCCAGGGGAUUAGAUUUUGCUUCGUUGAUGGAUGAUGUUAAGAAUGCUCCAAGUGGCUCGUUCUUUUUGCUUCAUGCGUGUGCUCAUAAUCCUACUGGGGUUGAUCCAUCAGAGGAACAGUGGAGAGAGAUCUCACAGCAAUUCAAGGCGAAAGGUCAUUUUGCCCUCUUCGAUAUGGCAUAUCAAGGAUUUGCUAGUGGUGAUCCAGAAAGAGAUGCAAAAUCCAUCAGGAUAUUCCUCGAGGAUGGUCAUUUUAUAGGCAUUGCACAAUCUUAUGCCAAAAACAUGGGACUUUAUGGCCAGAGGGUUGGAUGCCUCAGUGUUCUGUGUGAAGAUGAGAAACAAGCUGUGGCAGUGAAAAGUCAGUUACAGAUGAUUGCUAGACCCAUGUACAGCAAUCCGCCUGUUCAUGGCGCUUUAAUCGUUUCAACCAUCCUUGGCGAUCCGGAACUGAAGCAGUUAUGGCUCAAGGAAGUGAAGGGAAUGGCUGAUCGCAUCAUUGGAAUGCGAACUGCUCUCCGAGAAAAUCUUGAAAAUUUGGGCUCAUCACUGUCGUGGAAGCACAUCACCGAACAGAUUGGUAUGUUCUGCUACAGUGGGAUGACGCCAGAACAAGUUGAUCGUUUGACAAAAGAAUUUCACAUCUACAUGACCCGAAAUGGUCGAAUCAGUAUGGCUGGCGUGACGACGGGCAAUGUUCGGUAUUUGGCAAAUGCCAUUCAUGUGGUGACAGAGUCUACAUAGGUCUUGCGAGCGCAAGGGGAAUAUAAAACUCGAAGUCCUCCUAUUCUUUCCGUAACUUGGGGACAGGGGAAUAAAAUUUUCCGAGGAUACGUACUUGGUGGAACGUAUUGUGGAACUAGAUGCUAGUGAAGCCAUUGAGAUUUGGGAAGUGGCUAAGGUUUGCCGAACAUUUCCCCCAUGAUAUCCUUUAUCGUAUCGCUGGUCGGUAGUAGUAGUAGUAAAACUGAAACAGAAGUCAGCGCCUCAGCGAUCGGUACUUUUUAAGGGUUAUUACGUCUUUGCUAAAAUAUGAUGGUCGUGAGGUGGUAACAAAUUGUCACAUAAUCUUUUGAAGUUCAUUAUCCUACUACUGCUAAGGUAUGAUGGUCGUUUGGUUGAGAAUGCUUAUUGUCAAUUGGAAUCAAUAAUUG